AUGGCAACCCAAGGUCCUCAGGCCCUGCCUCCAGUCACAGUGCGAAACACACAUGUCAUCAGCCAGUCCGCAGCGCAUGAAUUCCUAGCCGCCUAUCUGGACCGCGCUGCGACAGACCCAUCGUUGCAACCCAACGCCAGCAUCAGCGAGCAUGGUCCUGUCUCACGGACAACCACCGCAGCGCCGAACUUGAUCCUGCACAACUUGAAGCGCGUUCAAAUGGGCCUAGCUGGCGAGUUCCUUGGUCGUGAUCUGACUGUCGCGAAGCAGAACCCCGGGGAGGACUAUUUGGAUGUUGCUGCGGGUAUUCCGCAGACCAACGGCCAUGAUCUGCCGGACGAAAGCAAUGAUCUUGUCAUGAAUGAUGCUGAGUUUGGCAUGGAAGCUGAGGCUUUCGCGGAUCAGGAGGCCGGGAUUGAUAAGGAGGAACGCAAGCGGAAGAAGAAGGAGAGACGGUUGGCGGAGAAGAAGGGUAAGGCCAAGGCGAAGGCUGAGGAAUCCGAUUGA